ACCAUAAACCUUAGUAAACGAAAGUGUUCAGUGACCAAGAGCAAUUUAAUUGUUGUUAGACGUUUAACACCCUGGAACUCAAAAUAAGAUUAAUUUAACCGCACAGUAUCACAUACUUACUCCCGGUAUUAUUUACAUUUCAUUGGAGACGACUUGGUUGAUAGAUGUGAACUAGGUAACGCUAGCUAGCUGCUAAAGUUAGCUAACAAUGGCUAACUGUAUGGUUUUUCACACUCAAAUAGCCUCCAUCAUGGAGGUGCUAGCGAAUGCAGCCGUGGCGGAGAUCUGUAAACUCGUAGACGACGACUAUGCAGUGUUUCGUUUGGAAAUAACUCAAAGCCAGAAAGAAAACAAGGCAUUGCGGAGGAAACUACAGCAACUAGAAAUUAAGGAGGCACGGGACCGAGCAGACAGGACAACGCGAGAGCGCGUCCUCGCCAGUCAUCCCAGUAAUGUCAAGAUCCUCGACCGAUACAGAGGAAAGGCUAAAUGUGAAGGACAUCUCACUGGAGGCCACAGGAUCUCUGUGAAGCCAGCAGAACAAAAUACAUGGAGAGAUGACCAACCAAUCACUGUUGAUGAGGGGAGUGGAACCUCAACCCAGCAUGUUAUCAUGAUAGAGUCUGCAGAUGCAGAGGACGCAGGUCCUGGGGUCAAGCAGGAGAUGACUGAAGGAGAGGAGGACCCAUGGCACAGCAGAAACAUCCAGACUGGAGCGGCUGGAGCGCCCCCUGUAGCCACGGAGAACCCCACCACCGCCCAAGAGCAGUCCAGGACCCAAUGCAGCAUUAUGGAGGUCAGUGGAACGCUGAACACCAUCCUCAAGUCAGAGACAGACACCAAGACUUUAACGGGGAUAAACCGACUGGGCUGUCCACCUGCUCCACGCGCAGAGUAUUUACUUUACGGCAACCUGAGCCCGAGGACUGUUCUGUCCCAUCGGGACUCAGGUGACACUUUACAGACUGUCAAUGAUCCCUCGUGUUCAUACGCUACAGAGACAGAGAUGAUACCUGGUGACAUGCCUGUGGUAUUAGAUACACAGACUAAUCCAAUGAAAGUGGACUGGAACCAGUACAGUAGUAGUGUAUACUCUGAAGGGUGCCGAGAUAAGAAAGGUGAGGGUCUGGUCGUAGAUGAGGUGACUGUGAAAGUGGAGGGCGACGUUUCUCUGACAUGGAAUGCAUACGAAACUCACUUAGAAGGACACUUGCAGGACAACACCAGUGACUUCUUAGACUACAGAGAAAACUUAGAGACAAAUCUAAAUGUCGCAACCCACUCCCCUUUACACGCGUUCAAGGAUCGCGACCCAUUAUCCAUGUCGAUGGGGCCUUCCGAUUCACACAGGGAACAAAAGGCCAAGGCGCGGGGAGUGGGAGCCACAUCAGGCAAAAGUAAAGAGAAACGGUUCCUCUGCAUGUUCUGUAACAAAGGCUUCCGCUGCCCCCAGAAGGUGGAGAUCCACCAGAGGGUUCACACAGGGGUGAAACCCUUCAGCUGUACCCAGUGUCACAUGUGCUUCGCCCAGGCAUGCACCCUGAAAAGGCACCAGAGGGUCCACACAGGGGAGAAACCCUUCAGCUGUACCCAGUGUCACAUGUGCUUCGCCCAGGCUGGUGACCUGAAGAGGCACCAGAGGGUCCACACGGGAGAGAGGCCUUUCGCCUGUGCGCACUGCGGGAAGAGGUUCUCAGAGAAGAGCUACCUCAGGUUACACCAGCAGAAAAAACACUCCACUCUAUAACAAACACUUAUAUCAAAGGACAAAGAUACAUUUUUGUUGUCAUCAGAAAAUAUCCACAGAUGCAUUUGGAUAUUCCUGGGUAGAAUAUUACAUCCAGACAUUGUGUUAAGGAAUACUGUAUAUACAGUCCCUACAGUGCAUUUGGAAAGUAUUCAGACCCCUUGACUUUUUCCACAUAUUGUUACAUUACAGCCUUAUUCUAAAAUAAUUUAAAUCAUUUUUCCCCUCAAUCUACACACAAUACCCAUAAUGACAAAGCAAAAAAACAUGUUUUAGAAAUUUUUGCAAAUGUAUUAAAAAU